CCUCUAGAUUGAAGCUUUAAUUAUAGAAAAUAAAAUAACACAGCAUCGAUAUUUGGAUAAGACUUCAGAAGACAAAAUUAAAUAAAAAAAGUCAUACACACAAGUCGUCGGUAACUCCUACGUUCGCCAAUGUUAAUGCAAAAAUUGAUGUGACUGUGAUCUAGACGGCGAACGAUAGCGGACUUUAGACCUAGCAGUGCCGGCAAUGCAGCAAAUUUAAAUAAAAUAAGUUUUCCUAGUUACAAAUCUUUCGUGAAACCAAAUUAGCCUCGCACUGCUACCCGCAACAGGUUCACUGAGCCCGACUCUCUCGCACUCACUGCCGUUACCGCUACCUGCUCCGCCGCCACGACAACGAUAUUUUUCGGCUUGUUUAUAAAUCUUGCUCAUCAGUCCCACAAAUUCGUUUACUAUGGCAGUUGUUGAAAAUGUUCAGAAUACGCCCACAGAGCGCAAGGCGAAUCCGCUUAAAUCUUUUAUCACUGGAGGUUUUGGCGGUAUUUGCAAUGUUCUCUCCGGGCAUCCUCUUGACACUAUUAAGGUUCGUUUACAGACAAUGCCACGGCCAGCUCCUGGUGAGCAGCCCUUGUAUCGCGGCACCUUCGACUGCGCAGCCAAGACCAUACGAAAUGAAGGCGUGCGGGGUCUGUACAAGGGUAUGUCCGCGCCACUGACGGGGGUGGCGCCCAUAUUCGCCAUGUGCUUUGCCGGCUAUGCACUGGGAAAGAGGCUGCAACAGCGCGGUGAGGAAGCUAAGCUCACGUAUCCGCAAAUCUUUGUUGCCGGCUCGUUCUCCGGCCUAUUCUCCACGUUCAUCAUGGCGCCCGGUGAGCGCAUCAAGGUGCUCUUGCAAACACAGGGCAUUGGCCCUGGCGGAGAAAAAAAAUACAAUGGAAUGAUCGAUUGCGCUAUCAAGCUAUAUAAGGAGGGUGGUCUGCGUAGUGUUUUCAAAGGCAGCUGUGCCACGAUGCUCAGGGAUCUGCCUGCCAAUGGUCUGUAUUUCUUGGUCUAUGAGUACAUACAGGAUGUGGCCAAGGCGAAUUCAAAAACGGGCGAAAUAAACACUGCUUCCACCAUAUUUGCGGGCGGUGCGGCGGGCAUGGCUUAUUGGCUACUGGGCAUGCCUGCAGAUGUCCUCAAAAGUCGUCUACAAUCGGCACCCGAGGGAACCUAUAAGCACGGCGUGCGUAGCGUAUUCAAGGAUCUGAUUGUCAAGGAUGGUCCAUUAGCACUAUAUCGUGGCGUAACGCCAAUUAUGAUACGUGCCUUCCCAGCUAACGCGGCCUGUUUCUUUGGCAUUGAGCUGGCUAAUAAGUUCUUUAAUUUGGUUGCCCCAAGUUUUUAAUUGAACAUUUUUAAAUUUUAUUUUCGUCAUCACAGGUAGUACCAGGUUAUAAUCCUGUCAGACAGUAAGAAAAGUUUGUUAAAAAAU